AUGAGGGAUCCUCCUGUACAAAAUACAUCAUUCACAGACUUUAAAUUAAAUGGUUUCUACAGCCUAGGAGAUUUGAGGCCUUUUUUAUUCAUCCCUUUCUUUCUCAUGUUUUCGUUGGCAAUCACAGCAAAUUCCCUUCUCAUUUAUUUAAUCAUAAGCCAGAGAUCACUGCAUUCUCCAAUGUACAUACUAAUAGGUUUAAUGGGCGUUGUAGAUUUGCUCUUGCCAGUCUUUUUUGUUCCUAACAUGCUUCUUAACUUUUUAUUCAACUGGAGUGGGAUAUCUCUAACUGCUUGUUUGAUACAAAUGUUUUGCCUUCAUUUUGUUGGAACAUUUCAAACCACUUUGCUUUUAUGUAUGGCACUGGACCGCUACUUUGCAAUAUGCAAACCUCUUUAUUAUCAUAAAUACAAGGAGAUCUCAAACUUUCUAAAGUUUGUGUUUGCACCUGUAAUCAGAAAUGCUUUACUAAUUGUAAUCAUUGUCUCUCUGGCAGGAAGACUGUCAUUUUGUGCAACAAAUGUGAUCGAUCACUGUUUCUGUGAACACAUGGCACUGGUUCAGUUGGCAUGUGGAGAUAUAUCCAUUAACAACAUUGUAGGAUUACUGACUGUGUUCUUUGUACCCGCUACAGAUUUUAUUCUCAUCACUGCUUCCUAUGUCGUGAUUUUUACUUCUGUAUUCAAAUCUGGCGAGACUCGCAUGAAAGCCUUACACACCUGUAUUACUCAUUUAAUUGUCCUGUCAGUUGCUCUUACUUCUGCCAUGAUUGCAUUCUUGUCUUACAGAAUAAGAAAUGACAUUUCAUCCAACAAUCGCAUAGUUAUCAGUGUCAUGUAUUUAUGCUUCCCAAGUUGUUUUAACCCAAUAAUCUAUGGAUGGAGGACAAAAGAAAUACGGCAGAUGUUUCUUAAGUUAUAA